AUGAAGGGCCCACUAACCCGACAGGAGGUCGCCAAACACACCUCCGAAGAGGACAUCUGGGUCAUCGUCGACCACAAAGUCUACGACGUCUCCGACUUCAUCGACGCUCACCCCGGUGGCGAAGUCGUCCUCCGCCAAGUCGCCGGCCAAGACGCAACCGAAGCCUUCUACAACCUCCACCGCCAUGAAGUCCUCCAGCAAUACAAGAGCCUCCUCGUCGGCGUCCUCGAAGGCGAGAAACCCGAAGCCAUCGACCCUCAACCCGGAGACCUCUCCCCAGUUCCCUACGCCGAACCACUAUGGCUGAACAAGUCCUUCCACUCGCCCUACUUCAACGACAGCCACCGCAAGCUGCAAAGAGCCGUGAGAGAGUUCACAGAGAAGCACAUCAUCCCCGAAGCGAUGGAGAAAGAGAAAGACGGCACAUACAUCUCGCAAGACCUCAUCAACAAAAUGGCCGAAGUCAACCUCCUCGCCUGCCGUCUCGGCCCAGGCAAACACUUGCAAGGCCGCAAGAUCUUCGGCGGCGUCGUCAAGGGCGAGGAAUACGACUACUUCCACGACCUCAUCGUCACGCAAGAGAUCGUCCGCGCCAACAUGCGAGGCUUCCAGGACGGCAACAUGGCCGGCAUGACGAUCAGUCUGACGGCCGUACACGCCUGGUGCAAGGACGACGCCCUGCGGGAACGAGUCAGCCAGGAAGUCCUCUCCGGCAAGAAGAAGAUCUGCCUCGCCGUCACCGAGGCCUUCGCUGGUUCUGAUGUCGCGGGCCUCCGCACCACGGCGGAACUCAGCGAUAAUGGCCAGCAUUAUAUCGUCAACGGCACGAAAAAGUGGAUCACGAAUGGCAUGUGGUGCGAUUACUUCGUCACGGGAUGCAAGACGCCCAAGGGCUUCUCGGUGCUGUUGAUUGAGCGCGGCGAGGGCGUCGAGACGAAGCCCGUCAAGACGAGUUAUUCGGCCGCCGCGGCGACGACGUAUAUCGAGUUUAACAAUGUCAAGGUCCCCAAGGGAAAUUUGCUGGGCCCGGAGGAUAAGGGGUUUGUGGUGAUUAUGAGUAAUUUCAAUCAUGAACGCUUCAUGAUGGCCGCCAUGGUCUCGCGCUGGUCCCGCACCGUCUUCGAAGAAUGCUUCAAAUGGUCGCACCAACGCCGUGUCUUCGGCAAACCCCUAAUCGACCAACCCGUCAUCCGCGCCAAACUCGCCAAAAUCAUCCAACACGUCGAAGCCAACCAAGCCUGGGUCGAAUCCAUAACCUACCAAAUGACCAAAAUGUCCUACGCCGAACAAGCCAAACAGCUCUCCGGCCCCAUCGCGCUGCUCAAGACGUUCUGCACGCGGAGUGCGCAUGAGAUUGCGGAUGAGGCGACGAACAUUUUUGGCGGGAGGGGGUUGACGCAGACGGGCAUGGGACGGGUGGUGGAGAUGUUUAAUCGCACGAAUAAGUUUGAUGCGAUUUUGGGGGGCGCGGAGGAGGUUCUUGCGGAUUUGGGCGUGAGGCAGGCGAUGAGGUUUAUGCCGGUUGGGGCGAAGUUGUAG